AUGUGGUUCCGCCUGCUGGUCAAGGCCGUCUCUAGCCACAGCGGCUCGAGCUACAAGUGGCAUGAGAUGAACUUCUGCUUUUGCUGGGACCUUGGACGUUGCUCCAUCCACUGCGUUGGUGUAGACCCCUCGUUUCAGAGCCUUCUCCAAGAUAUUCUGCGUCGUAUGUGGUCGCAACUGCCACCUGCAGAGCCUCGCUCCCUGCUUGUGCCGCUCAUGGAAAUCAUUAUCGUCAUGUAUGGUCGAUCAGUGUGGUCCAUACGGGACAUAACAUGGCGAGCAGAAAAGGCAAAUCAGAGUCCACAUUGCAUUCCAGAUGCGCAUGCUCCAGAACCUGCUCUUGCGAUCUCAGUCCAACAAGGAGCGGUUAUAGAACGAGAUUGCGCUUGUGAGAAGCAGUCGCCUUCCUUGACGAGGUCGUUGAUGUUUUAUCAGUCUUACAACAUGAUCGCUCAGCGAGACAGCCAGGUGAUGACGGGUCUCGGACAGGCAGUGAGGCAGGACAGCGGGGUGAUGAGGACGAUUGCUGUGGUCACCAUGGCCAUCCUGCCACCAACGGUUCUAUCUGCGGGUCUUGGACGAAAGGUGAUCUUCAGCAUGAGCUUCUUCGAUUACACACUGGGCCAAGGUAGCCAGAGUGAACGGUGGUCAGUCUCUGAGAAGUUCUGGGUCUACUGGGCGUUUGCGAUACCGCUUCCGUGUUUGACAUUGGGGAUCUGGUUUUGGCGGCAGAAGCAGAUCUAA